AUGCAGGCAUCGCCGAGCGCAGGCUUGCCUGCAUCGACAUCCAUGUCCUCCCUCGCAGCGCCCCGACAGACUCGCCCCGGCGCACACGUCGAGUACGUCCUCCUAGCCGAGUUCGACAUUGACCAGGGCUCGGUCCUUCGACACCAGUACCCUUGCCCGACGGGGACCGACGAGCAUUUGUUGGCGGAACACAUGCUUCCCGACGGCGCCCACGACCGUCCGGAAGACUGGACCGUCUUCUACCUCGGCCAGAUUCCUCCGCUCACUAUCGACAGAGCCCUUCUCGCCAAGACGCGGGCGGACUUGAAGGGAAAGGGGAAGGCUGUCGAGGGCGACGAAGCGGACCUCGGAGCGGGAGAGGAAGACAAUGGGCUGCUCUACGUGAUGAGCCUGGUCAGGACGAAGAAGGAUGCCAGUGUCAGGAGGGGCGCGCUCGUCAAGGCACUCGCCGUCGUCACCCGCAACCCGUACAUCCAGAUCUUCAAGCCUGCCCUGCUUUUCGCAUUGGAAGACUACUUCAACAAUCCCUCCCUUUCCGUCCUUUCCAAUCUCUACGACUCGCUCAACUCGAUGGACACUUCGGGCUUGCCGUCCCUCACUCGUGACGAACGACUCGUUCUGCGGAGUUCGGAGCGCAAGGACCUCUUCGAGGAGAAGUUCGUCGCGGCCGCAGCAGCGGCGUCCGCAGAUCUCGCCGACGAGUCAGGCGGAGUGCGAUCCUCGAAGAGGCGCACUGCAUCUGGGAAUAGAGGCUCCGCACCGACCGACGCAGUGCCUGGUCAUGACGAGGAGGUCUUGUCGUCGAGUCGGCCUGCUUCGACCGAUGGCGGCGGACAGCUUCGGGGCAUCCCCUCAUCCGACAGUCUCGCCUCCGCAUCUCUCGACAGCGCGCACAGCCCAAGCAUCGGCACAUCGGCAGCCGCUUCGCGGGACGACCUGUCUCUGCACGGCGGCCGGAGUUCUCGCGCAAAUACGAUCAGCAGCAUGGACGACGGCCGCAGCGGAUGGAGCCACAGCUACGCUUCCGCCGUUCCUCCUCCCCCGCUUCCAAACCGACAAAGCAGCGGUGCGGCGACCACCAAGAGCGCCGAGUCGUCCUCGCGGUCUCAAGCGUCGCCAACGAUGUCGCACCGAGCCGGAGGCGCAGGUGCUCGGCCGAAGGACACGCACUUCUUCGAGACCAAGGUCGUCUACAACGGCAUCAGCAUACCUGUCAAGAUUCCCGUCGCGACAUUCCCCAGCGAGAUUGGCGAUUACUCGCUCAUCAAGCUCGUACAGACCUUCUCAGGUCCGACUUCGCUUGCACCCGGUCCCAUCCUCCCGCAACUCCACACCUCCGGUCCCAGCACGCCGGCGCUCAUCGUCCUUCUCAACGCCAUCCUCACGGGCCACCGAGUCGUCUUUCUCGGUCAUCAACAGCCGGCAGGACGUGUCGCCGAGCUCGUACUCGCUGCUUGUGCGCUGGCGAGCGGGAGCGGAGCAAUCCUGCAGGGCUUCGAGGAACGGGCGUUUCCCUACACGAACUUGUCGAACCUCGACAACUUGCAGAAUGUCCCAGGCUUCAUUGCCGGUGUGUGCAACCCCGCCUUCGCCGACCGCCCAUCGUGGUGGGACGUCUUCUGCAACCUGGAGACGGGCAAGGUGGUCGUCUCGAAAGAGCUCAAGCCGGCUGCGACGGCUGCGACUGGCUCGCAGAUGAACGGCUCGCGGAACACGAUUGGUCGGGCGAGCGACUUUGCCAGCUGGGCGAGUGCGAAUGGCGGUGCUGGAGCGCGAGACGGGGUGGACGAGCUGGGCAUGCUGAGCGGACCGGCGAACCAGGGCGGCGCCGGCGGUCGCGCGGUCGACGGCAAGGAGUCGCUGGACGGCAUUUUUAUGGACGAGAUCAUGAACGCCAUCCAGUCUCAUUACGGCGAGUCGGUCAUCCGCGCGCGCUUCACCGACUACGUCUACCGCUUCGUUCGCCUCGCCUCGCGCUACGAGGAGGAGACGACUUCGACCACCUCAAUCGGCUAUCCCUGCAGCGCGUUCGCCUCGGGCGCUGCCAGUGGGUACGGCGCGCAGUCGAGUCUUGGCAGUGGCGUGGUCUUCUCCGACGAAGCGGCAGGUCAAAGAGAGCUGGCGAGCAAUGCGGCGCGGAUAGAUGGCUGGAUGAAGACACAGAGCUACAAGCUCUAUCAGCAGUCUUUCCGCCAGCACCUGCGGGAAACUUCGAUGCCCGGUUUCGACCUCAUGCACCAGAUCGGCCGCCUGCGACAAUCCCGACACGUCAGUUCGGCAGAGGCAGUCUUGAUCUUCCAGACUCUGGCUCAAUGCGUUCGUACAGACGAGCAAGCCGUUGCCCUGCUCGCACACCUGCCCUCCCACUUUGGCGGGCUGUUGCCACUCGCUUUCGGCUUCUUCCACGCGUCUGCCGAGGUUCGCCAUCACACGCUCGACCUGUUCGAUCAGCUCAGCGCUCAUCCGACGGGCGCGAAACUCGUCUCGACACUCAACGCCUUCCACCGGCUUGCUUACGCCCGGCUAUGCUAA